AUGAGCGGGACGUCCUCCGCAGCAGCCUCAAUCGAGAGCCCAAGGCACAAGGAGAUAGUCAUUAGGUAUAAAAGGAAUAAGGCAGUACCAGAAGCAUGGAGAAAGCUAAGGCCCAGUGAGCUAGUCCAAAAGCUCAACGAGGCGCUCGCGUCCACGGAAGACACGUUAAUUAUGGCAGCCAAGUUCAAGGCAGCCAGAAUCAACAGCAGAGGGUCAAUCAUCGCGCACACGGAGACCGCAGCACAAGCGGAGACCCUGCGCAGGCAUAAAGAGGACUGGAAGGGAUUCGUAGCAACAGAGGCAGAUGUAAUGCUGCCAGUCUACCCAGUGAUCGUACAUGGGAUACCAAUCAAAUCCGUCGACCCAGGAAACAAGACAGCGUUUAUUGAACAGCUCAGGAUUGAAAAUAGACAAGUAAUGUCACAUGACAUGGUAGUCGACUGCAGAUAG